AUGAAGUUUUUCUCCUCCGCAAUUUUCCUGUGUGUGCUUCUGUCUCUUUUGCUGUCAGCAAAUUACAAGAAGGUAGGCGCGGCCUCGAUGGUGCGUCGUUAUAACGCAAAGGUCUUGAAGGAACGAUCUGAGGUAAAAUAUCAUUGAUUUCUAAUGAUAACUAAACUUUAAAACUUAAGACUCAUGUACUGCGAGCAUGAACUGUGGGCUCUUUUUAUCUCUCUCUUAACUCUCGUUUAAUAACCGGAAUUAGAAACAAAAGCUAUGUGGCCAGUCACUUGCAGUUUGAUAAUAAUUCUACCAAUCAGUAAACCCCAUAUCAACUUUACAGAGUUAAUUUUGGAAGGGAAACAAAAAUUUUGUUCUGAGAUGACAAAACGACAUGAAUUAGGCCGUAUAAAACCGAAUGCUGUCAACAAACUGUAACCAGUAUAUUGCACUAGUACACGGCACACUUAAAUCCCAGCUGUUCUUCGCAAUGAUACAGAAGUAUUUCUCCUCUGCUGUUUUCCUUUUUUGCUGUUGGCAAGUUAUAAGAAAGUAGACGCGGCCUCGGUCACACGUCCAUAUAAAGGGAAUGUCUUAAAGAAAGAUCUGAGGUAAAUAUCAGUGAUUUCUGAUAGCUACACUUCGAAAAACUCAUGUACUGCGAGUAUGAAGGAUUUUACAUUCGCUCUCACAGCACACUUCUCCUCCAAGACCACACCUUAAAACACUGAGCGCACAGGUAACACUACGAGCUCUGUUUAAGGAUCUUUAAUUUCUUAACUCUCGUAUAAUAAGGGCAGACCCUUCUAAUAGAAGCAGAUCUUUUUCUGACAGAUUGAAGCUGACAUAUAAUAAAAGUUGAAGUUUUAAAUUACCUCUCAACUGGAGGACAUGCGCAGUUUACCUGUUGUUCUUAGGUCAAAACUUCUUCCUUGCAAUUAAACUUUGUAAUUAUUAAAUUGAAACAUUCGAUUUUGCAAUUCACUGGCAGGAAAUUAAACUGUCUAUUAUCUGAGACACCUUCUAAAAGAAUACAGUUGACUAGCUCUUAACGCGGACACUCUUUAAGGCCAAAACUUCGGUAAAACGGACACUUAGUCCCUGUCCUUCUCAGUAUUCCCUUUAAUUGACUCCCUAUAAGUCGGACAUCGCUCUUAGAAGCACACUUAGUACCGGCUCCAAAGGUGUCCAUCUUAGGGCCAUUUGACUUUAUCUCACUGGAGUCAUGAAUCAGUAGAGGACUUGAAACUCCCUUACCAAUUAACAAAAACGUAUGUUAGUAGUUGUACAGACAAAUGUCCACAACCUAAUAAGUAACUUUUAUUUAUAACUAUGAUCAUUAUUAUUUUACUUUCUUCCUUUUAUUACCUUUUCAGACAAUUCAUUACCGAAGGCGAAUUUGUCAGGCUGCGCGUUCCCUAAACUGUGUCAAAGAAGAAGAUGAGCCCAUGCAAACAGAAUAG